AUGACCGAGACAGACGUGAUGGAGUUGCCCCCGGCUCGAAUAGGUUUUGUUAUCGGAGCUAAGGGGAAGACAAUUGCUGAGAUUAGAGAACAAUCUAAAGCGCAUAUAUACAUCGAUGGUCACAAAGCCGUCAUCCGUGGCAGCGAAGAAGCAAGAAAAGAAGCCAUGCGUCUUAUCAAUCGAAAAGUGCGCAUAGAAGUCACUUUACAUCCACACAUUGGGUAUACUGUUCUCGAAUUACCAGAGUCCGAUACACUCCCAAAGCUCAAGUUUAUUCCAUAUAACGAUGUUGACUGUAACGCUCAUACCCACGGAAAACGAUUAUACCGUGUGAAAUGUUGUGAUAAAGACGAAAAGGAAUUUGACAUUUUUAGCGCACUUGGAGACAGUUGGGAUAGUGAAAUCAACCUUUUGUCAUUAUCCCCAAGUUCCCCAAUCCAGUCAUCUCCUCUACCCUUAUCACCUUCCAGCCCUUCAACUUCGUCGUCUCGCUCUUCUCAACGUCUUUUCGAGCAUUCACAUUCUCGUUCAUCAUCUGUUACUUCUGUUACUUCCUCCCCCCCACCUUCCUCUCCUAUAAUAUCUUCUUCUCUUCAAAAUUCUCUGAGAGCCUUAACCGAUCACGCUCGAACGUUCACAAUCAUGCAUUACAUACCCGAAGUGAUCUCCGCCGUAUCUUCGCACCUCUUCAAAGCCAAUCCUAAUAUCUCACUCCAACACGAGGCACGCUUGACGGUUUUCUUUGGUCGCCAAACAUUUUCGACAAUCUCUCAUUCACGCAUGAAGACAGUAGAAGAUUGGUGUGACCUGAAUAGAGAGAGGCACGGCUUUCAAAGUAGUUUUCAGCACUAUGCACCGGAUAUGAUAAAGAGAAUUUGGAAUGUUUUGCAGAGGUUCGGAUUUGAGGAAGUUACCCAUAGCAGACGAAAAAGAAGUAGUAUGAAUAAUGACGUAAAGACUGAUACCAACGAUUUCGUAACAAAUGGCGAGAAGAACGAAGACAAUGAAGGAAAUAAGAAUGUCGACAACGACGUUGGAAGAAAAGGAAGUGUCUGUAUAACCUACGAUGACGAAGAUAAAGUCAGAAAGAAAAUUAAGCUUCAUUGGGAUUACGAAGAAGGCGUAUACAAAAUAACCAAAACAACUACACAAAUUCGUCGGGUUGCAAUUAUUGACAUUGUCUCUGGGACAUCUGCGCCUGAUAUACGUUUCCUACUCAAAACACAUAAAGACGAAGAUAUUGAUGAAGAAAAGGAAAGGCUUAUCAGCGAUGCACAGACACCACCACUACAACUGUUUGAUGGAACUUACUUCCAAUCGAAGCAUUUGAAAACGAAGCUUGAUGUUGACUCAAUCAGGCAAUCGAUUACGAAGCGGAAAUUUUUAAACAACAGAUUUCAGUUAAGUGUAAUCACCACACGAAAAGAAGUACGAGCAUCUCGAAACAAAUUCGCGGCUCCUGUAGAAGAGCAAACAAUUAAUCUGAAGCAUCUUUCAUGGAAAAUGUAUCAAACGAACGACGAAAUACGUCAAGUUUACGAUAAAGAAUCGCUUGAACAUAGCAUUAGAGAAACCGUGGCGUUUGCAAGAAAGCUUUGUAGAAUUCUUGAGUCUGAGGCAUAA